GGAACCUGGAAUCCCGGCGGCUGGGAGACCGGUAGGGCCGCAGCCGGAGAUGUCGCUUGCUUCUCCUGCUUUUUCUCUCUCCUCCUCCACCUCCUCUUUCCAGUCGCGCAGCCAUGAGUGACACUAGCUCGAUCAGCCGGCUGACCUGGAACGACCACAGAGAUGAUACAUUCUCAGAUUACUAUCUCUUUAAUUCAAUGACGAUGAGCUUCCUUCAAGAGCUGCCCAGUUACCGGUCCAUUGUCCGGAGGAGGACAUCCAUCCUCGGGAGGGAUAAAUCAGGAGGCACUUUGCUGAAGCCAGCCAGCUCUGAAAGCAGGUCCUAUUUGGAAGUAGGAAGAUCAGAGAAAGAACACCUCGGGAACCAGUCCAUCAGAAAAUAUGCACUGAAUAUCUCUGAGAAGAGGAGACUAAGGGAAAUUCGGGAGGCCCAGGUCAAAUAUUUAUCCGACUGGGACCAGUGGAAACAAUACAGCACCAAGUCAUGGAAAAGAUUUAUUGAAGAGGCCAAGGAGGUGGCAUCCCACUUGGAACUGUGGAAAAAUGACAUUCGCAGCAUAGAAGGAAAAUUUGGCACAGGGAUUCAGUCCUAUUUCUCCUUCCUUCGCUUCCUGGUGAUAUUGAACUUGGUGAUAUUUAUUAUCAUUUUUUUAUUUAUUUUGCUUCCGAUCUUCCUUACUAAGUACAAAAUCACCGACAGCACCUUCCUGAUUGUCCCUUCCAAUGAAGUAGAUAUACGAUGCAAAGUUUACCCAGUGAAUAGCACCGGACUCAUUUACUUCUAUACUUAUAUGAUAGAUUUGCUUUCUGGCACUGGUUUCUUGGAAUGGACCAGCCUGUUUUAUGGCCAUUACACUGUAGAUGGCAUAAAAUUCAAAGAAUUCACGUAUGAUUUGCCCCUCGCCUAUUUGCUGAGCACAGUGGCUUAUCUGGCAUUGAGUCUCCUCUGGAUAGUGAAAAGGUCUGUGGAAGGAUUCAAACAAAACUUGGUGCAAAGUGAAGAACAGUAUCAGAGCUACUGUAACAAAAUCUUUGCUGGCUGGGACUUCUGUAUCACAGACCAGUCGAGUGCGAAGCUCAAGCACAGCAGUAUACAGUAUGAGCUCAAAACAGACUUGGAGGAAGAAAGAAUAAGGCAAAAAGUAGCACAGAGGACUCCGGAGGAAACCUUACGGAUUUACAGCCUCAGACUGCUUUUGAAUGCUCUAGUUAUAACUGUCCUGGCAGCAUGCUUUUAUGCAAUCUAUGCAGCAACUGUUUUCUCCCAAGAAAACAUGAAAAAGGAGAUUAACAAAAUGGUAUUUGGAGAGAAUCUUCUGAUCCUUUAUCUUCCCUCCAUUGUAAUUACGCUGGCUAACUUUAUCACUCCCCUCGUCUUCUCCAAGAUCAUUCACUAUGAAGACUAUUCACCAGCCUUUGAGAUCAGGUUGACUCUUCUGAGGUGUGUCUUCGUGCGAUUGGCCACCAUUUGUGUGCUUGUGUUUACCCUGGUGUCCAAGAUAACCUUCUGUGACAAUGAGGAUUGCCGAGUCUGUGGCUAUAACCACAAAGUCUAUCCAUGCUGGGAGAAUCAGUUUGGACAGGAAAUGUAUAAGCUGACGAUAUUUGACUUAAUCAUCAAUCUUGCCGUGACUGUAUUCAUUGAAUUUCCUAGAAAGUUAUUGGUGACCUCCUGUUCUUCCUGGAGAUUGAUUCGGUACUGGGGGCAACAGGAAUUUGCCAUUCCUGAUAACGUCCUGGGGAUAGUUUAUGCACAGACAAUCUGCUGGAUUGGAUCCUUUUUCUCCCCGCUCCUCCCUGCAAUUGCAACUGUCAAGUUCAUUAUCAUCUUUUAUGUGAAAGAGAUAAGCCUGAUGCACACCUGUAGACCCUCCACAAGGCCUUUCAGAGCAUCAAAUUCAAAUUUUUUCUUCUUGUUGGUGUUGUUAAUUGGACUGACAUUGGCCUUCAUUCCACUGGGAAUCACCAUGACACACAUUCCAUCUUCCAAGGCCUGUGGACCAUUCACAAAUUACAAUACCUCCUGGGAAGUUGUUCCUAAGACUGUAAGCACUUUUCCAAGUCCUUUGCAAGCACUCACCCGAAGCAUCACUUCAGAAGCAUUUGCUGUGCCUUUCUUUAUUGUUAUCUGCCUCAUCAUGUUCUAUUUCAUUGCUCUGGCUGGAGCACACAAACGGGUUGUGGUUCAACUUAGACAGCAGUUGGCUAUGGAAAGUCGAGACAAACACUAUCUUAUUCGGAAACUUACAACUGUUCAGGAAGAGUUGAGAAACUGUCCAAUCUGAUUUUGAACACAAUUCUUAUUUCUUUCAAGCUGAAUGAACUACCAUACUGAACCUCCAAACUCAUCUGUAGAAUUUUGUACACUAAAUGUGUUUUUCUAGAGUUCAAGCAUUUUCUGCACUCUGAUGCUAUUAUUGCUGCUGUAGUUUUGGAUUAUGUCAGUGUUUACAUAACCAAUUUCUAUUUGCGGAUUUUGUAAACUAUAACAAUGGUCUGAACUGAGUCUCUGCUUGUAGAAUCUCAGCUCAGUGACUAUAAAAAUCUUUUAGGCUUAGGCUAUUUAAGUUUUUACAAGGGAAUUGGGAACAAAGAGAGCUUUAUCAUUUUUUAAGAUAGUUUGAGAAAUUUUGUUAAGUUAAAUUUGAAGGCCAUUACUUCGUGAGACUAGACUGAUACUAAUGAGCCAAAUUUCAAUGACAUAAAAUGAACUUUUCCUUUGACAUUCUUUUUAAACUUCAGGGUUAUGCUAACCCUAAAAUAGAGGUUGCUUUGUAAAACAAGAUAAACUCCUAAACCAUCGUGUUAUUAGCAGUUGGUAAGAAAAUUGGAAACAUAGUUAUGUAACUAGUGUUAAACUUCCUAAUUUUAGUCCCAGUUUGGUAAAAUGAGAUGCAAAAAUGUCCAUCAUCUUACUCCAAAAGCUAUCAAUACUAGGCAUAUAUAGCUCCUGCAUGACUUUAAAUUCUUUUUAGGUAAGUUCAUAGAUAAGACUAGCCAUAGUUUCUGAACUUCUGUGGCAGUGCAGGAGCAGAACAGAAAGCUGUUUCAGGGAAAUAGGUGCUCUUUGAACUUUUACCUCUCUUUUAGGGCUGAUCUGUGGUUUCUGGGAAAAAUACCCAUUGUUUCCAAAAGUGGGAGAAGGUAGAGUUUUCUCGAUUCCCUAAGGUCUGUUUCCUUUUAUGUUUUGUAGACAAUACUUUUAAAGGACAUUUCAAGUUUCAGAAAUGUUUUGGGGAGAAUGUUUUAAGAUGUGUUUUAUAUUCCUGUUUGGCUAUGGAUAAGUGCUUUGGGAUUAUGUCACACCUUUGAAUUCAUGUUAAAUCCCUCUUACUCCAGAUGGCAAUACAACCUAAAUCACUGACUCAGGGCCUUUUUAGAUACAACGUUUUAAAAAUUUACUCAACUAGAUUUCUAAGGAGGAAUUUAGCUUCCUUGUAACACAUACAAGCACAUUUCAAAGUAUUGUUUGUUUAUAAUGUUUAUAUUUUUCUGUGUAUGUACAUGUAUUUAGUGAAAUGUAAUGGAAUAAUUUAUAGCUCCUAUUGUAGUUAAAAACAAGUAAUAGAUGCUUUGAAACUGGCUAAUAUUUGGCACUGUUGGGAAAAUUUCUAAGUCUGAUGGAGGAACAGAAACAAUGAAGUCUCCAGCCUGAAGCAAAUAGGUUUAUUGAGAGAAAAUCAAAUCUCACAAUAAAGCCGGUCAGUCAGAGGUUGACCUGAAAGACCUUGAGUUACAAAAUCAAUGGGUUUUUAUACCCCUCCCGAGCUUGUAUGCUUAUAUACCAUACUAAUUAGAAGUAUCUAAAAUUAAAGCAUAUUCUUAGGAAAUAUUGAAACUGCCUACAUGACAAAUGUCAGCAUUUUCCAAUACUCUUAUCAGUCUUCUUGUGGCAACAGGGUCAUAAUUAUGCUGCCCCUUCUAGUAGUCAAGUAUAUCACUAGUGAUCUGCAUGACCCCCUUGAGUCAAGCAUAACACUCGUGGUUUCUAAAAUAUAAUAUUACUGACUAUUGUAUCUUCUGAUAUUACUUAAUGCUUAACAUUGAAAAGUAUCAUCUGACAUUAUUAAGUAGUAAGAAGAGAGACUUAAUCUACUAAUACAAUGAAAAAUAAGAUAUCUAAAUAUAAUAUCACAAUUUUUCAAUUAAUGUUUGAUUAUUAUCAUAAUUAAAUCACUUUAAAUCUCUUAUAACUAAGGGAUGGGGGAAAUCUCACAGCCCUAAAGAUUUAGCCUUUUGAGUUAUUCCAUGGCUUAUCAACUAAUAUAACAUUAUCAAAAAGGAGUGUUGUCUAAAUCUUUUUUAAUAUAUGCAGAUCUUUUUAAGUAGUUAAUUUUCAUUUAGUGUCUUCAGGCUGGA